AUGCUGUCAUCUCAUCCUCUCCACCCCUCUCCAUAUACCCUCAGGCUCAAUCUCAUUAUGCUCAGUCAGGCUGAAAAGGAAGAGACACAUGCGGCUGUCGUUAAGGAGCUCGAGCAGGUGGCACACAACUGGAUCCGAAUCGCGAGAGAGGAGCUUCAGAUUGCAAAGGUCAAAGCGGAAGCUCUCUUGCAAGCUGCGACCGCGGAACGAGACCGACUUCAGAAGGAGAACGUCAGGUUGAGACUCGAGCGUAGUAUCCUCAUUGCCGCUUUAGAACGGGGCCAAAACGGUGUGGAUUUCCAAGAACUCCUUGAUUUCACAAAGAAUGUCAAGGUCACUAUCGAAAGCCGCCUGUAGUGACAGAAGAUGACUAGAUCCGAGCUCCUACGUAAGAGGUCGAACAGCACCGCUGCACAUACUGUAUGAACAUUUGAUAGACCAAUGGAAUUUGCGAGAAAAUCGGGUGGUAUCCUUUGCUAGUUCAUCAAUUCAACAAGUAAAUAUGCCAUGCACAUGCAAAGACCUUGUUUGGAGAUGCGUCUAGGCCUUAAAUACCCUGACUAGGCA